AUGAUCCCGCUGGGCCACCGGGAUUACAGGCUGGUGGACGCGGGGACGUCCCUGGGGAGGCCGAGCCUCUGGUCCUCACUUCUCAGAGUCCAAACUGCCAGCACUUCCACAGGCUUCCACAAAGCCAGGCCCCCUGAAACCGAGCUCCUCUGCCGCACUCGGCUGUGCCCGCAGAUCCUGGCCUCGCCCAGUGCCCACCGGGGCCAGAGCUGCGGCAGGGCCUCCGUCACCUUGACCAUGGGCCUCCCAGCCCCUCCUGCCUGCGGCCUGGUGCCCCUCGGCCGAGGCCCAGGCCGCUGCAGAGCUGGCGUGGAGGGUCUGGGCUCUGGUGCCGCAGCGAGGGGACGCUGCCCGACUCACAGGCGUCCCAGCACCCGGGGCAGGGGGCCUCCCCCAGAUGCUGCAGAGGUGGCCCUGCUGGGCUCCAAGCAGGCGUCGGGUGACCGCGAGGGACGACACAACAGGCUGCUCCUCUUGCAGGGCGCUCCUGGCCCCGACCUCCGGCCGCCCUCCAGGCCGCAGGCGUCCCAGGUGACCGACCGGUUGCCCUGGAUGCUCGCCCUGGUUCCGGAAACAUUUGCAUUUCCCCCGGGAGCCUUGGCGGCCUCAGGUGGAUGA